AUGCAGUUAACAAACCUCGUACUCCUUGCCGCCGCGGGCAUCGCGCCCAGCGUUAACGCAGCGACUCUUCGUUUCUCGUGCUCGCAGCUCGUUGUCGAACGUCUAGACCCUCUUGUCAACCCCGGAGAGAACCCGUCGCCUCAUCUUCACCAGGUUGUCGGAGGAAAUGCCUUCAAUGUCAGCAUGGACCCCAAGGUACACGACUUGCCUUCGACGGCAACAUGCACUUCCUGCACACCGACUGAGGACUUCUCCAACUAUUGGACCGCCGUUCUCUUCUUCAAGGCGAGGAACGGAACGCUACACCGCGUCAACACCUUCGGAAACGAGCUCGGUUUCACAGGUGCUAACGGCGGUCAGACCGUCUACUAUCUCUCGUCAGGCAAGGUGACCGCUUUUAAGCCCGGUUUCCGCAUGACAGUCGGAGACCCGUCCAUCCGCACCUCUGAGGAGCUUAACCGGAGAUACAAGUACAUGGACUUCACUUGCCUUGCCUCCUCUAUGACUCGGGGCGGCCGGACCACAUACUUCCCCAAGCAGCCAUGUGCGGCCGGUAUCAUGGUUAGCAUCCGCUUCCCAACCUGCUGGGAUGGCAAGAACCUGGACAGCCCCGACCACCAGAGCCACGUCGCCUACCCUAACGGUAACGCAUGCCCAUCAACUCACCCGGUCACGAUCCCCCAGGUCUUUUACGAAACUUACUGGGAUACCCGACCCUUCAACAACAAGGCGGAAUGGCCCGCCGACGGAUCUCAGCCUUUCGUCUGGUCCUUCGGUGACCAGACCGGUUACGGUAUCCACGGUGACUACGUCUUCGGCUGGAAGGGUGACGCGCUCCAGCGUGCUAUGGAUGCCAACUGCAACAGUGACCUAUUCGCUAACCAGAUUAACUGCCCUACCCUCCAGACCCAAUCCCUCGACCAGGCCAACAAGUGCACGAAGCCGAAGACCGUCACCGAGAACCUCGACGGUUGGCUCCAGGAACUUCCUGGUGGGAUGCCCAUCAGCUAAAGGAAUUUCUCUAAACCGGAGUGUUGUUUAAGGGAUGUGAAAGUGCUUUGAGGGAGCCAGAGCUUUCACCAGCAUUCCCCCUUUGACACAAGAUAAAUUCCUCAAGCCUUAUACUUAAUAGUCGAUUAUUUUAUAUAUCUAGCCGAAUAGAAUAAAUUUCUCGCUGUAAACCCGAGUCGACCGAAGUUUGAUUGAAGCCUUUAGUAACAAUGUAGUCGUAGUCAUAUCAGCUGUCUCUGCCAUAUUAUAAGAUCUCAAGGAUUGUAUCACCAAGAAUUAAGUUGUUAACUCGCCAAAACUUCAGUUAUUGCACUUCGUUCCCAAUUAAGAUCAUAACUGUGCAAUGAUACCCCCAACUUCCGCACAUCGUAUGCCGCCUCUCUUGAAACUCCUGCUCCCACAUGCCAGGGUAGCAAAAAUGUAAUGCUGCAUCAGCCGCGAAUCGAACGCGGGGCCCAUCGAUGGCAACGAUGGAUUUUACCACUAAACC